CUUCAGAACUCAAGCGCUUCAGUGUCAAUGUAGCACAGGGCUGCAUUUUUUCUAUAUCUAGCCAGGAAAUAAAUAUAUAUUUUGUGAGUUGAUAACUGACUUGUGAAUCAGUCAGUCUGAAUUGUUUAUCUGCACUGUUUAGUGUGGAAUAUAUCAAAGAACAUAUAUUAAAAAAUAUACUAGUCUGACAGUUUCUAUAAUAUUUAAAAAUGAAUAUACGAAACGAUUUAAUCAACAAUAUACUGAAUUUAUACAAGGAAGGUGAUUGGAAAGAGAUAGUAGACAGAUAUCACGACCACCCUGACAGAAGCAAGGUGCUGUGGGUGUUUCCAACUGGGGACAAUUUGGAGUUCAUUCGGGAUUAUUUGUCGGAGCUCUGCUGCUGUAGGAUUUUGAGUAUUGGAUGUGGCAGUGGGCUUUUAGAGUGGAUCAUCACCAACGCUACAGGUAUUCCAGUUUCUGGAGUUGAGGUAGAUGGCGCUUGGUGGCAUUGCAAAUAUGCCCCGCCCACGUUUAUACCCCUCCUGCUCACUCCUGAAGAAUUAGACAAAGACAUCAUCAAUAUACUCCAAAGUGGGAACAAUACGGCUUUAUUGUUCUGCUAUUUCAACAACAGAAAUGCAUUUGAAGAGUAUAUUAAAUGUUUUUCGGGAAAUGUUAUGAUUAUAAUAGGUCCUGGUGAUGGGAAAGGGGUCCAUACAGAUCCAAAACCUUUUGGAGAUGUCAAUGAUGAUUGGGAACUUUAUAAGUGGCAAGAAGUCAGAAAUAGCAAGGACUUUAUAGCAGUAUACAUAAGGAAUAAAUUAGCGUGUUAAAUAUGACCAUUCCAUAAAUAAAACAAAUUUCAUAAGUGUAUAAUAUAACGCUGUAUUAAAUAAAUUAUUAGUAAUAACA